CGCCUCGCUCCGUGAGGGGGCAGCAGGAGCGCAACCCUGCCCGAGAGGAAGCGCAGAGAAAGUCCUGAAUGAGUUCAGCUGCUUCUUCACCUUCAGUCAAACUCCCUCCCUCUUCUUCUUCAUGUCUUCUCUCUGAACUCGCUGUUUUUAAUCGCGCGGGUGUCGGGACAACAUGAACGGCUCUCUGCGCCCCUCACCCAGCGUGGUGGACAUCAAGCUGAAGCGGGGACCGGCAGGUCUGGGCUUCAACAUAGUUGGAGGUGUGGACCAGCAGUAUGUUGUGAAUGACAAUGGAAUAUAUGUGGCCAAAAUAAAAGAAGAUGGAGCCGCGGCGUUGGAUGGGAGACUCCAAGAGGGGGACAAGAUCCUGGCGAUCAAUGGAGUCCAGCUGGUGGAUCUGAUGCAUAAAUCUGCAGUGGAUCUGUUCAGGAUGGCCGGGGAAGAUGUGGAGCUCCGUGUUCUGAAGAAGUUGCUUCAACACGAUAACGGAUCCACAGACCCACAACCCGAUCAACCAUCCCCGGCGCUUUCUCUGGGAAUCCUGCUCGCUUUAGCCGGAGCCGCCUUGCUCUUCUCAUUCGUGUACACGCGGCACAUUCGGAAACACUUUUAACUAAACCUGCUGAUGUCUGUAUGUUAUAUUUUUUUAAGAUCAAAAACUUUGCUAAAGGCCAAAGAACUUAAAGAGGGAACAGACUCAAAACGGUAGACCUUAUUUUUUUAUUAGCAGGUGUUGGUGUCACGGACAAGUUUCUCCAUGUUCAUGUUUAUUAUGUGAUGACUGGUAGCUUCUUGACUCCCUUCCGAAACAGGACCAUGCUCUCUUACCACAGAGGUAACUUCUAAUAGAUAACUUUGUGAUGUAAGUUGACAAAGAAGGAUGCACUCAUGACAUUCCCGCUGCCGGGCUGAGCUCAGGCAGAAACACGCGGCUUCGCAGACGCUGCGGUUGUUGGCAGAAAAACUUUUGAAAGUCAGACAGAAAAGCUUUGGGGUCCAUUGACAAAUCGAAAGACGUUGCCGUGUUCAGUCACUCGUGGGUCUGUACCUCCAUCACUGAUGUGAAGGGGGGAGGGGGAGGGGGGUUUGAUUUUCAUUUUGCUCUGUUGCACAGAAUCAUGGGAGAAUCCUGCCGCGCUGCUUAGACGGAGCCAGGGGAUGAAAGAGUUUGAAGUUAAAGCGAUAAAUUGUGUCUGGUAAUGGACCUUUAUUUGUGCCUUUUGUCGUCCGUUUCAAGUGGUCGGUUCUUUUUCUCCUAAUCAUUGAUCAAAAUGAAAAUCAACCCACUACGUCCAAUAAAUUAAAGUACAAAACAAUAUAUAUAUAUUUUUUUUCCCUCUUGACAACAAACCCCAUAAAAAUCUCCAAAACAAACAAUCAGUUCAUCCAUAUUUAAUAGUUUCUAACUUCCUCAACCACAAGCUCAUCUCGUCAACAUGUAAAUAUUUAAAAACAGGUCACAAGUGUUUAGUUUCACUUUCAAAAAAUAGCUCGGUAACUUGGGCACUGUCGCUGCAACUGCAAAGUGCAUUUAUUUGGGACUAAGUGCAGAUUAAUACACGUUCAGCGACAUUGUGUAUGGUAUUGACUCCAAACUAUUGUGCCCAUGUUUAAUCGUUUUUUCAGAGGAAUAAGAUCUAUCAGACAAAACUUGUUGGGGUUUGUUGACGGGCAUAAAAAUAUAGAUUAUCACCAGAUUUACACUAUUUUCACAAGAGUUUAUAAUAAAUUUGUACGUGUUCACUCAGGGUCAACACUAAAUAUAUAUCUCAUGAGGUGAGCAGCCCACCUGCAAAUGUUCAGUCACAGCCCAAGACACUUACAGAAUCCGCCAUGUUAGUGUUGAAGCAAAUUGUUAAAAACAUUCUCCUCAUUCUGCGUCUAAACACAUCGCACCUUCCACUUCGUGAUUUGUCGUGUGGGUUGAAAAAUGCAAAUCGGAGGAUGUUGUAUUAAAGGGAACGAGUUGUUGUUUCAGUGUGAAGGACAGGCAGCCUCAUACUGAGAAGCAGCUUGUGCCAGUUUCACUUAAAGGAGAGUUUUCUUAUAACAAGUCGCUGUCAACAACUUAAAAUGUUUUUUUUGCACUAUCCACCAUCAUGGGACUCCUCCAGAAAACGGCCAUAGAGCAGAUGAAGUGUAUGAAUUGUGAGUUCUGGGUGUUGUUGUCCACAUUGUUCAGUCUGCAUCGCGUCUGUAAUGUAACUGUCUCCGACUAUUUGUUUGUAAAUACAUUUCAUGUCGCUCUGCUGAUUAGGGCUGUGAAUAUGUGCAGUAUGCCAGAAGAAAAGAUCAGAAGCACUACUACAUUAUUGCAAAUACAGUGUGUUUGACAUCCAAGCACCAAUUAAAAUUCAUGAUGAAUUCA